AUGUCCAGUCAUGAUUAUGAAGAAUCAGAUACUGAUCAAGAAUCAGUUUUAGAGUUCGAAAGAUUAGAAUCUACAUUACCUCCGGCUUUAAAAAGAUCGGCAUCUUCAUUAUUAGAAGCAAUUCAAAGUGCCAAUUCUACCCCAAAUCCUCAAUCGAACAUUCAACAUGAUAGAAAUAUAAAAUCCCCACAACCACAACAUCUUCAAGAUAUACUAAAUCAUUCACAAAAUACAUCAACUUAUCAAACAAUUCCCGGUAGAAAUGCUAAUGCAACUCCAAAUUUAAAAAAUUUAAGUCAUAGACAAGCUCUUAUUGAUAAAUUAUCAAAAUCUGAACAUGGUAAUGCAGCUUCACCAAUACCUUUACCAAAGCCAAAAUUUAAUGAAAAUAUUUAUAAACCAGCUAUGAAUUCUAAAAAGUCAUCUACUGGGGUGCUUUGGGUAACUGAAAGAGCAGAAGAAUAUGGUUAUAAUUCAGAAGAUGUUAAAGAUUGGUCUAAUUUAGGUCAAGGAGCUCCUGAAGCAGGUGACAGUAUCCCAGGUUCAUUUCCAAGACCCAAAUCUAUCCCUAUACCAACAUUUACCAGAGAAUAUGCUCCAACAGCAGGUAUAAAAGAAUUAAGAGAAGCAGUUGCAAAUUUAUAUAAUGAAACAUAUCGUACAAAAAAAUCAAGUAAAUACACUUAUAAAAAUGUUUGUAUUGUACCAGGUGGAAGAGCUGGCUUAACUAGAAUAGCUUCAAUUAUAAGUGAUUGUUAUUUAUCUUUUUUUUUACCAGAUUAUACUGCUUAUGCAGAAAUGUUAUCAUUAUUUAAAAAUUUUUCCCCAAUUCCUGUACCAUUGAAAGAAUCAGAUAAUUAUGAAGUUCAUCUUAAAAUGAUUAAGGAAGAAUUGACAAGAGGUGUUAGUGCUUUAUUAACAUCCAAUCCUAGAAAUCCCACGGGACAUUGUAUGAAACCUGAACAUUUAAAACAAUUACAAGACAUGUGUCGUGAAAAAUGUUUAUUAAUUAUGGACGAAUUUUAUUCAUAUUAUUAUUAUGAUGAUGGAUGUACUGGUUCAUCCAUAAGUUCUGCGGAAUAUGUGGAAGAUGUUGAUCGUGAUCCUGUAUUAAUUUUGAAUGGUUUAACAAAGGCAUUUAGAUUACCUGGUUGGAGAGUUUGUUGGAUUGUUGGUCCUGCAGAAUACAUAAACGCCUUAUCUAGUGUGGGAUCAUAUUUGGAAGGUGGAGCUAAUGCUCCUUUCCAAUAUGCUGCUAUAGAAUUUUUAAAACCAUUAAAAGUAAGGAGUGAAAUGAAAGCAUUACAAUUGCAUUUUAAAAUGAAAAGAGAUUAUAUUAUUGGCAGAUUAUCUAAAAUGGGUUUUAAUUUUAAUGAAAAAAAUAUUCCAAAUUCUACAUUUUAUCUUUGGCUUAACCUUUCACAUUUACCAGGAAAAUUAAGUAAUUGUUUAGGAUUUUUUCAUGAAUGUUUACAUGAAAAAGUGAUAGUUGUUCCAGGAUUUUUUUUCUUGAUUAAUCCUCAAAAUUUAAGUCAUUUAGAAGAAGUUAUUUGGUACAAUUAUGUGAGAAUAAGUUAUGGUCCUGAAUUAAAUCAUUUAGUUACUGGAAUGGAUGGAUUUGAGAGAAUAUUAGCUAGGUUUAAUUGUUUACCUUAUGAAAUAAAAUAA